CCUUAAAACCAAAGAGCGCAUCACAGGGAGAUACAUGGUUUGAUCACGCACACACACACAGACACACAACUCGCCUUGGAUUGUAAGACAGCAGGGACACUGUAGAGGCUGCAGCAGCUUGGUGAAUGAGGCGGAACAGCGAGGACAGCCGAGAAGUUACUUUUAAAGACUGUUUUCGCGGCGCGUAAAAUGGAAAGUGGUGCGUAAAUGUGUGCGUGCUCCCCAUUUGGAUAAGCCCGUUGAUGAUAUAAGAAUUUUUCUUUUUUUUAAAAAAAAAACUGAAAAGUUGGCAGAAACUCGCCCAGAACUAGUGUCAGAGGCAAAAGUCGACUCUUGGCACGGAUGCUGUUGGAUGUCGCCCCGGGUCUGCGCUCCUGCUUCUGUCUGUCUGAUCUUCUUUGAGUCAUGGCUUACUCUCCGCUGGGAUACUCCUACUCCACCACACCGCAGUUUCUGAUGACCUCCAGCUCUCUGGCCGGCUGUCUGGAGCCGGGGACGCCUCCGUCGCACCCGGUGCUGCGCUCCCCGAGCCACCAGCUCACCCCUGGCUCCGGCAUUGGAGUCUACAGCGGCCCUUAUCCGAAGAGCCAGGGUUACUACAACACCUGCACCAGCGACGCCACCGCUCUCUAUUCAAGAGCGCCACUAGAUCCCAAAGAUGGAGCUUCAUCUGUGCAUGUGGGGACCUCUCAGACUGCCUCCUACUACCCCUAUGAAUAUACAUUUGGACAGUAUCCCUAUGACAGAUAUGGGUAUUCCUGCACUGACGGCGCCUCCCGACGUAAAAAUGCCACCCGAGAGACCACGAGCACCCUGAAGGCUUGGCUGCAGGAGCACCAGAAGAACCCGUACCCCACGAAGGGAGAGAAGAUAAUGCUCGCCAUCAUCACCAGGAUGACACUCACACAGGUCUCCACUUGGUUUGCAAAUGCACGCAGGAGGCUGAAGAAGGAGAACAAGGUGACGUGGUCGCCGCGGGCGUGUAAAAGCUCUGAUGACCGAGGCUGUGAUGAUGACAGUGACGAAGCUGAGAAGCCACUUAAAAAUGACAAAGACCUUCCCGAUCAACAGUGUGCAGACCUGCAGAGUGACCUCGAGGACUUCGACCUGCUCGAGUCGGACGGUUCUGACUGCGAACCGAAGCCGCACUUUCUUUCCGAGGAAGACGGCGCAAACAAAAACACAGACCUCCCACUCGGGCAUCUCACGCACAACCCAGACGCACUCCACGGAAAAGAGAGACUGUCCCCAGACUGCCCCAAACUCACCCCGGUCCAACAGCAAAACAACGGCUACUACCCUAAUCCGGACCGUCGAAGUACGGACACCAAGCCGAAAAUUUGGUCCAUCGCCCACACUGCUGUGUCUUUGGAUGGCAGCUUGCAGCCAGAAUACCCUCCCUGCAUGAUGUCGUCGACCGGCUCCUCCUCGCCCGGGUAUCCGUCAAAUAUGGCGCUGACAAAGGCAGAGAGGCAACAGGAAUCGCCAGUCGCCACGCUCAGAGAGUGGGUGGACGGAGUUUUUCACGGUCCUCCUUUCCAGCAGCCCAAACCAGCCGAGGUGUGGAAAGGCUUAAACGAUGGCGUGAUAGACAGCAGACAACCCGGACAGUCCUUUGAACUUGUUAGGUCUGCGUCAUCUUUGUAGUCCAACCAACGCGUCAUCAGCGGAAUAUCUCAGAGACUGCUGGACUUAAAACAAAAAGUCUAUAUUUUGUUGUUGUGACUUGACCGCUCGCUAAACACCAGGCAACCUAGCUACUGUUGCCUCACCUGUCAAGCUUUCUAUUCUCGCACAGCAGGUGUACAGUUCAUCCUUGAAAACUUUAGCAAUUUUUGAAAUAAUGGGUUCUUAAUUCCAGAUCUGUUAUUUCUACUCAACAACUGGCUGAAAUGCUACGUUUUGGGGCCAGAUUUUAUUAGCUCUAGCUAGCUUGCUAAUAAGCUAACAUAAGCUCAAUGAGUCCAUCAGACUCUGGCUGGCUUUUUAUUGUUUUAGCUCAAUCUUGUAAAAGAGGUCUUACAUAUGCGCUUGUUAGCUACAUACACAAUUCUGUGCUAACAGACCAAGAACACAAAGCUUCAUGUCCCAGGCCACAGGUCAGCAUGCAGUCACCAGCGGAUGAUCCAUACAGAAAACUAACCAAUGCAUCUGGCAAAUGUGGCGCUAGCUCAUGUAACGUUAGCUUGGAAAGUUAACAGGACAGAGCCGCUAACAUUAGCCAACACUUUAAUAGCAUCCAGGUGUGACUUCCACCCAGUGGGAAAACACAACACAGUGGAUGUGAUGGUCAUGUAACACAACAUUGUGCCACAAAUAACGCUGUUAUAGUUAAGUUAAGAACAAAUCCACCCAAAAGUGAAAAUUCAGUCAUUUUUCUUGUCGCGCUCGGAGCCAAUGGAAAUGUUUGGGAAGUUUCGUAGUGUAUGAAAUAUUUCUAUGGCUUCACAGCAAAACAGCGUCGAAGCAUUUUCUUAAACAACUGAAGGAGACAGGGACUUGUUUUAUAAUGUAAAAACAAAACAAAAACAAAAACAAAAAAAAAACACAACAUGGUUCCGUACAAGUCAUCUGGCAAAAUUAAAGUCUCCAGAAACCCCGAGAUUGCAAAAUGAUUUGGAAAGUAGUUUUCACACACUUUACAAAGCAAGAAUCUUAACUGUAGCUGCUAAUAUCUUUUUAAAUCAAUUUGGGAUCUUGGGCCCUCAGAGACUUGGAUUUUAAAACAAGUCCCCAUCUGCUUCAGCA